GGAGGUCGCUUGUCUUUACUCGCUGCCCGCUAAAUCGAUCGCCCAUGAAGUCAUCGUGGAUCAACGAGUCGCUACUUCUUGUUGCACCUGCGACAGUGGCAACAACAGAAGGCGAAAGCAGUAAACAAGAUGUGACCAACAAAAGUCUAAACGACAAAGAUUUGAAUAAUGUGACGGACGCUAUUAGCGGCGACGUCCAACUGGCGGCACGUGUGGCGAUGGGCAUUGGUCUCUACAUGUUGGCGAUGGUGACUUGCGUCGGAAACGGUAUGGUCAUCCACGCGAUCCGCACAGAGAAACGUCUCAGAAAAGUAUCCAACUUGUUCAUCAUGAGUUUGGCCGUUGCUGAUUUGGUUGUCGGAGUGUUCGUCAUGCCCAUCAGUGCCAUCUACGUCCUAACAGAUCGGUGGUACUUUGGCGCCUGGAUGUGCGAUGCUUGGCUGUCAAUCGACUAUUGCGCCAGCACGGCAUCCAUCUUUAACCUGUUUGUGCUCAGUCUGGAUCGUUACUGGUCAAUUACAUCGCCGCUAAAAUACCUCAGAAGGCGGACAAAGAAACGCGCCUUUCUCAUGAUUGCCGCCGCAUGGACACUCAGCCUACUAUGGAUUUUGCCCGUCACUGGAUGGUCCAGCAUGACGGACGGAAUCAAGCUCAACUCAUCGCCAGAUUCUUGCGACACGGAAUUCGCUGAUAACAUCACCUUCAAAGUGACGGCUGCUGUAGCCAAUUUCUAUGUGCCAACGCUAUCGAUGCUGUACAUUUAUGGGCGAAUCUUCCGCACCAUCCGCCAACGGAGUCGUAACGAUUUGGGUGAAGUGACAGUUUCAACGGCUCGCAGACGGCCUCAUCAAGCCCCUGCAAUCGUUUCGGACCACGGCGACUCGACAAGCCUCCAGGCUAUGGAGACGGAAGACGAUGUCGUCGAGGAUCAGUCCAAUAUGAGAGUGUUGGAGCGGGGCAUUUCUACAAUGGCCCGAAGCUGGAACCACGUAAGCGGGAAAUUCAAAUGGUACAGUCACAGGACUUCGCCUGGAGCGCUACAAGCAGCUGGUUCGUCUCGCAAGCUCCGCGCAGACCGUUCAAUCUUAGAUUUUUACGAAAGCUUGACAUUAAUGGAACUGCACGGAAGUGAUGGGGGAUUGGACAGUGCGAUGCAGAGUACAACACAUUACAUCGACGUGCAAGUCAAGGUUGAGUAUGUGGACGACGUCAUAGAUGGUCGAUCAAGUAGACAUCGAUUAGACAGCGAAAAAGUUAGCAACAGACGACAGCAACAACAAGUUUGCAGACAGUCUACAAAGUCCAACAACCAUCAGGGCGGAAUGGCAACUCCAGCCAUUCCAUCUGUGCUGAUUUCGCAGAAAGAAAGAAAAGCUGCUCGACAACUGGGCGUCAUUGUGUGCGCUUUCAUGGUUUGCUGGCUGCCUUACUUUAUAGUGUUCCUCGUCGUGGCCGUUUGCCCGGACUGCAUCGGCGACACGCUAUUCAAAAUCACUCUCUGGCUAGGCUACAUCAAUUCGACCCUCAAUCCGGUCCUUUAUCCGCUCUGCAACGCCAAUUUCCGACGAGCGUUUGCAAAAAUGUUGAACAGGACUUGCACAUGCUGCCGCAAUUCGGCCUUCCAGCGAAGUCAAACCUAUCCGCUGUCCGGCCCACCUCUUCCGCAGAGUCAGCAAUCGCGAUUCUGAUGAUUUGUUCUGCGCAAACUAUGUCAAAAUUUUCAAAAGAAUGUCUAUUUACCUAAAAAAAAUUGACUUUACGAAGCAUGCGCAAGCAAGAGAACAUUCUCAGGAGAAAUGUCCGGCUCGACGUAGUACAAAAGCUUGGCCUGAAGUGGCCACGAAGACAGAAAUUCAACUCGGCCACGGUCAAUGAUUUGUUUGCACUGGCGUCCGAUAUUUUCCCGGCGUUCGAUAUCCAAACCCAUGGCUGCGUAUCUUCCGGGUAAAAUGCUGGUUUUGGCCUCAUUCUCUCCAAUAGGAUCGCUGUGUUCUUUGGCCUGGCGUGAUCCGCAUACUGCCCAGCUCGUCAUGGCUCUCAUGAUAGCAAAAUCCGUCUGGCUCAGAUUUAAUUCCUU